UGAUGACAAUUCUAACUACGAAUAAAAAUGAAUUAGAAUCGAAGUUUGUGGAAUUUCUAACUAAUAUAUCAGCAAGAAAACUGUCACAAUCAGAUAUCGCCAGUAUCGGAAACAAAAAAUAUGUGGAGAAUCUCUUAUUGAUGCUGAGGAGGAAAAUGAACACAAGGUCCCGAGAUGCCAUUUUUUAUAAUUUGCUGUCAUUGCUGGCGUACCUAACUGCUGAAACUCCUUCAACAUGUACAAAUAUUGUUAAUGCAGGAGGGAUAACAGUUUUUGCUCAGUUGCUUGAGGAUAACGAUCCCGUAUCAAAUAAAAGAGUGCUAAUGAAUUUGAGCAAUUUGACGGAUGUACCAGAAAUAUGCUAUCACUUCUUGGACGGCAACUCUGGGGCAGUCGAGUGUCUACUAAAACUUAUGAAUUCAGAUGAAAUACAUAUGACGGAAACUUACAAAGAAAUGCUGAUCGAAGAGCAAGGUAUCGACCAUCUUCUGGAACUGAAACAAAAUCUCUACGUGGAUGAAAAUGUCAAAAAUUUUGCCGUACUCACCCUGAACUUCAUUCACUAA